AUUCAAUCCUCGCGCAUACCUGUAACACACAGCCAGGUAGAAUAUACGCCAACGUCAAAACAUUAACCGUUAGAUUGCUUUUUUCGCAUAUAUAUUCUUCGGGCUAACGUUACCCAAGCGAUGUCAGGCAGCUGCGGGCGGAAUCCUCCUCCAUUCCCGGAUAAUGAAGAUCUGGAGGCUGAAAUAGACGCCCGAGUGCUGGACAGCGACGAGGAGGAUGAAGGAGAGGACAUAUUUACCGGCGCCAGAAGUAAACCGACCACACCGACAUCUGCUCCCGAUGAGGGCGAUAUCUUCAGCGAGGAGGGCUCGUACAUUAGGAGCGAUGUCCAUCACACCACUAAUGGUCUUCACUCUGAUGAAGAGCUGGAUCUGUUCACUGAGGCCACAGUAGAACUGACCCUCACCAACACCACCAGUCAAGGCAGGAGAGAGAUCAUUGGGCCGACUGCAUCAGCUUGCAACACCACACAUGUCCCUAAUUCCAUACUCAAACCCAGCAUCGUCACCAAGACCAUGGAGGAGUUAGAAGAGGAAGAAAGUGGAGACCAGUUUGAGCUAAACAUUGCCGUUACAAAUCCAGAGAAAAUAGGAGAUGGCAUGACUGCCUACAUGUCUUACAAAGUGUCCACUCAGACUACACUGCCCAUGUUUGCUAAUAAGACGUUUACAGUGCGUCGCCGUUUCAGUGAUUUUCUGGGACUUUACGAAAAGAUGUCAGCUAAAAACUCGCUGAUGGGCUGCAUCAUCCCACCUGCACCUCAAAAGAGUGUAGUGGGAAUGACGAAAGUCAAGGUAGGGAAGGAGGAUUCAUCCUCAGCGGAGUUUGUGGAAAAGAGACGAGCAGCGCUGGAGAGGUAUCUACAGAGAGUAGUGGCCCAUCCAUCUCUACUGCAGGAUCCAGAUGUUCGAGAAUUUUUAGAAAGAGAUGAGUUGCCCAGAGCUGUGAAUACUCAAACUUUAAGUGGACCUGGCCUGCUUAAGAUGAUAAACAGAGCAUCUGAUGCCGUAAAUAAGAUGACCAUUAAAAUAAAUGAGUCAGAUAAUUGGUUUGAGAGUAAGCUGCAGGAGGUGGAGAAUGAGGAGCAGCUGCUGAGGAGACUCCAUGCAGCCGUGGACUCAUUAGUAAACCACAGGAAAGAGUUGUGUAUUAACACAGCGGUGUUCAGUAAGAGUGUGGCCAUGCUGGGUAGCGUGGAGGAGAACUCGGCCCUGUCCCGUGCCCUUUCACAGCUGGCAGAGGUGGAGGAUAAGAUGGAGCAGCUACAUCAGCAGCAGGCCUUCAGCGAUUUCUUCAUCCUCGCAGAGCUCCUGGCCGAUUACGUCCGACUGCUGGGUGCUGUGAGGUGCUGUUUUGAGCAGAGAAUGAAAGUGUGGCAGCGUCUGCAGGAAGCUCAGAUCACACUGCAGAAGAAGCGAGAGGCUGAAGCCAAACUGCUGUGGGCAAACAAACCUGAGAAACUGCAGCAGGCGAAGGACGACAUAAAUGAGUGGGAGUCUAAAGUCAGUCAGUAUGAGAGAGAUUUUGAAAGAGUCACCUGUACUGUGCGUAAGGAAGUGCUCAGAUUUGAG